UUGCGCAGUUAUUGCUUACAUCAACUAAAGUUUAUCGGCUACAGUAGCAACAGUAAUAUCAUUGAUGUUCUUGUUAAAUUAGAGCCGACAUUUGCACAAAAUUUUCGAUGUUUUCGAAUGAAGGAUAAAAGAAUUCCAAUAUUGUGAUGUGAUUUUUAUGCAGUGAGUAUCUGAUACAAUUUAAAAGUGUUUAAUUGUGUCAAAUUGUGCAAAGAACGUGGAAAUUUCACUAUUGGCGCACCUAUCUUUGCAGCCAUUGUAAUUAAAUAAAAAAAUAAAAGAAAAUAAAUUGGGUGAAUUAAAUUUUAACUAUCAAAAGAACAUUAUUUGGAGAAUUUACUUCCACAAUGAUGGCAAUGAGUGCAAAAGGAAAUAAACAAUCUAGUUUUGAUUUACAUGAGCGCUGGCUUUGGUAUAUUAUUGUACUGCUACUUCAUAUACCCUCUACUAUUGGUGCAUAUGGAAACGUGGUGUCGCUUCCGGGAGAGUGCCGUGAUAUGAAUGGCAAGAAAGUAGAACAAGAUGCACACUAUGUGCCUCCUGGAUCGGAUACGUGUAGAUUGUGUUUAUGUGACAAUGGUCAUCCAAAGGCAUGCAAAGCUGUGCUUUGCUCACCGCCUCAUGAUUGUAAAUCCUUUCAGAUCGGUAGUUCAUGUUGCGAAUUCAUCUGUUUAGAUGAUACAAUAGGCAACACUACGGAUAAAACCUACGACAUCGGCAUGUGA